AUGUCGCCAGCUCCCUCGACGACUUCCUCCUCAAAUGUCCUCCCACCUCAUCUCCCCCCACACCUCCGUCCCUCGGUCCUAGUCACCCGCAAAGACCAAGCCGCCUCCCUAACCGCCUACGAAAUCCUCCUUGGCGCUUCCAAAUCCUACACUCAAGCCCUCCUAGCCCUCUCUGGUGCUUCUACCCACUUUGCCCAUGCACUACAGGAGUGCGCUCGCUUGAAGGGCGCUCAUCAAGUCGGCAGUCAGCUUCACGCGGCAAGUGGACUGGAGUACCUCGUCGCCUCGCAUGCUAAGCUCCUAGCCGAUGGAUUCUGGAAAGACUUCUCCAUCCCUCUCCUAGAGGCAUUCGAUGAGCAUCGCAGAGCUACAGCGGAACGGGAGCUGAACCACGCAAAAGUCAUGGCGGAAAAGUCCCGACAUCUCAAGGAGUGUGAGGAGCAGAACUUGCGAGGAGGUGGAGCAAAGGGAAAGGGAAAGAGGGGUCUCGAUAGGGAUUUGGGAAGUUUCAGAAGGGCAUUGGAGGAGUUGCAGAGGCUCGUGGAUGGAUUGGACGAGGAGAGGGCGGGACAUUACGUCGAGGUUUUGGCGGCAGAGGAAGAGGAGUGGGAUAGGGUGGCCAGUAAGCUCUCACACAUCCUCCGGCUACAAGUCGAGGUCCACGACCGUCUCUCCUCUAAGCCCCUCUCCGACCCCAUCCUCGAACCCAUGCUCUCCGCCAUCCCAGACCCAUUCAACGCCUAU